UCCAUGCCAUUUUAAACCGUCGUCUCUUCUGUGGAUCGUCUCAAAGUCCCUCCUUUACAUCCCAAGCUCGUCUUGUAGAACCCUUCAACUCACAUGCCUAAUAGAGCCGACGUCGGCCAUUCACCCUCAGGCGAUAAAUCCGACUUCAAAGCAGACGUUGACGACGAUCCUACUGCCCCCAUGUCUGAUAUUGCUCUCCGAAAAAAGAAAAACGCGGAUGCCCAAGCUGCUUUUCGCCAGAGGCGAGCAAACUACAUAGCGACCCUAGAAGAGACAGGUUGGGUGGUCUCUAUCUUAUUGUACCUUCAUCGCUCAUCCUUGUCAUUUUCGGCAGUCACCAGUCUUGAGUCUGUCGUCCUCCAGCUUCAGGAUUCAUGUCGUGAAGCGCGAUCUGAAGCUGGGGAUCUACGACAAGACAAUGCACGCCUUAGACAUGAAUCGCGUGAACGCGAAAAGUUCUGGAGAGCCCUUUGGCAGGCGAGGAAGACAGGACAGGCUCCUGAAUCUGACGACUUGCCCCCGCUCCCUUCAUCUUUUGCUUCUCAUUCUCAACCAACCAAUAUCAACAAUCGUACCCCCUCGUCGCAUGGUCACUAUAGUGACGAUAGUAUGGGAUAUCAGACCAGCGACGAGACGUCCAAUUCCCUGUGCAGCAGCUCGUAUACUAGCGCGCCCAAUCACUCAUAUGCGACUCAGUCUCCUGCACUUUCUUAUACUGGCGUGGAGACUGAGCAGGUACCCUCUGGUGGAGCUGGGCACCAUAUAAACGCCCGAGUGUCAAGAUAUGGUUCUUACCAGUAUCCGAUGCAACCGAUCAACCGGGACGGUCCAUGGACUCACAACGUGGCCCAGACUGCGUCUGCUAAUGGUUCUCCUACUUUGACAUCUCCUGAUGUAUAUGCAAACCGCCCUUUUGAAGAGCAGAAGACUCAGCUCAAUCACUUAGAAACAACCCCAUAUCUCUUUCCCAGUAGCCGCUCCAUCUCCCCCACGUCAUCCACUCCCCCAUCUUCAUCUAGCACGUCCUUGACGUCUCCCUUCCAAUUCACAUUCCCUGCUGAUGGCUCGAUCACACAAGAUCGCGCAGAAUUUGAUUAUCGCAGGCACUCCAAUACCCACGGUGCUGAUUUAACCUUACACGGUGGCACUGCAGAUAUUUCGCUUCCAAGCGCGGGCGGUGAUGGCGUGCGCUACAGGCUCGGGGCCCGCCGCGCGAACUCUGGUCCGAGUCCACUACUACCCUCCCUUCCUCAGUUCUCUGGAAGCGAGAAUGGCUCUCAUCACGAACGGGGGAGUAGCGAAGGUGAAGCCACCCCCUAUUCAAAACUCCGACCCCGUAGAGGACGUUCUCGAGAGUCGAGGUCACCUUCCCCCGGUGCACCUCCGAUCUCGGGUACGCUAGCGGUCAUCAAAGCUCAAGCUUUUGGAGCACUCCGUCGGACUCGUACCAGGACCAAAAAAACUUCUGAAGGGGCGGCUAAGGUUGCUAUGGAAGUUCUCGAGGCCAGGGGCAUCGGAAUGGGCGUAGUGGCCGGCUCGAAGCGUCCCCGCCUUCACCACGACGAUUCCGACAUGCAGACAUGAUGCACAUAUAAAUAUACUCCGCAACUGAUUACCAGUUCACUCAUUUGAUCCCUAGGGGUUGUAUCAUUCUUCUCUCGUCACCAGUGGACUAUGUAACCACGAUUAUUUGUACAGCAAUUUAAGAUCCCAGUUACUUACUGUAUUGCGCUUACUC